CUUUUACUCCCGACAUACAUCCGCAACCAUGUCGCGUAACCGUAUAUUCAAGGAAGCAGCUAUCCUAGUAAGGUCAGCAUCCCGUACUGCUCUCGCUCAGGCCCGUCCUGCCAGCACCGUACGUCUUCUUUCCCUCACGGCGGCAACCAGAACCACGCCUGUCGUCCACGGACCUCGACACCGAUUCGCACAACACAGCAUCGCUCAACGCGCCUACUCGACGUCCUUGGAUCAGAGCCUCAGUCCUCUGGCCCGCUCUGUUAUCGCCACAACGCGCGCCGUCCGCAACAUUCUCAUCUUCUCCACCUCCACCCUCACGCUCGGCUACUUUGUCUGGGCGGGCUCACACGCCUACCUCGAGCAAUACAAGUGCCCUUCACCUGAGGGUGUCUCCGCACAGGUCCGGAACUGUCUCCACGGCGCGUGGGUCCGUGAAGAGAUUUCGCCCGAUCCGGAUGUUGCGGCGAUUUAUCUUCAAAAGGCAUUGGAAUUUGCAAGGAAGGAUCUCGAGGAGUUUUACAGGAAAAAGAACCAUUCUCUCGAAUAUUCAUCCCUGGAAAUCGAGAAGGAUAAGGCCCUGGUUGAAAUUCAAAACCGGUUGGCAAGAUUCUAUGGCAGGAUCGGACGCGAUGAACAGGCAGCAACUAUCUGGACCAGGCUUUGGAAAUUGACUGAGAAGGAGGUUCCUCCAUCAUCAGACUCAGCAAAGGCAGGAUCAUCAUCGUCGUCGUCAGGACUCGGCUUGAGAUCUUUGUUCGGCGGCGCGUCUAUAGGUCGUCCAUUGAUCACGAAACAGGAUGGCGUGCCCUUCGCAAAGAGCGCGGCGAAUUGCUGGAUGCGCAUGGGCGAAUACGAUCUUGCAGAAGAAGCCCUGAGCUGGACAUUGAGCACAAUCACCACAGCCGCCAAUGCUGAUGCGACAGGAAGCACGUCCGAUUCCAUCGAAGAGGUGGGCUUGCUUUCAACAUUGGGCGCCUUGUACGUCCGUCAAAGGAAAUCCGACUAUGCCUUGUCGCUUUUUGUCAAGGCCCUACAGUUGGUUCAGCACCAUCGUGCGGUCUCAGAGCAGAGUAACACGGAGAAAGAUAUGUGGUAUUGUCGCGAGGCCAUUCUGACCAACAGCAUCGGAGAGACGCUUUACGGUGCCACCACCGCUGCAAGGUCAAAACUACCAAUGGAAACUGCGGAGCAAAAGAAACCAUCGUCCUGGAAGUUUUGGUCCUCUUCAAGCUCCUCUACGACAGGAGGAUCAGGAUCAGCUGCUGCAUUCAAGACAGCGGAGCAGACAAAGAAGGAGGAAGAGGCCCUGGGCUGGAUGCAAAAGGCAGUCGCGAUGGCCAAGGAGAAGAGUGGUCAACACCGUGAUUGUGACGAGUGCGCGGCAUUGGGUCUCAACAACCUGGGGCUGAUUAACGAGAUGGAGGGUAAAACAGACGUGGCGCUGCAGCAGUUCAGGGAAGCAGUUUUGCAUGCUACCAUGGCCAACGAUUUUGUCGGAUUGGAGGACUAUAACAAGAACACUGCACGGCUGACAGACAGGAUCGCCUCGACCUCGGAAGAGCAAGCAACUGUGCCAGCAUCAUUAUCAACCACAUCAUCACCAACAACAGCAUCAGCAUAAAUCAUACACAGCACGGCAUCUCUUGAUUCAAAUAAAAGGGAUUCAUUCUGACGUUUGAAUAAAGUAUUAUUUUAUUAGUCAAAAG